AUGGAGCAUAUAAAUGGUAGCUGGUCUCAGCCCUCCACUCUCCUUCUCACAGGCAUCCCUGGACUGGAGGCUGUCCAGAUAUGGAUCUCUAUCCCACUAUGUGUCAUGUACCUCAUUGCCCUACUAGGAAACUACACCAUCCUCUUUGUUAUUAAAACCACCCCCAGCCUACAUGAGCCUCAGUACAUCUUCCUGUCUAUGCUGGCAGCUACAGAUUUGGGUCUGUCUUUAUCUACUCUACCGACAGUACUCAAUGUCUUCCUCCUAAAUCACAGGGAGAUCGAAUUCCACUCUUGUCUCACACAGAUGUUCUUCAUCCACACCUUCUCAUGCAUGGAGUCAGCCAUCCUGCUGGCCAUGGCCUUUGACAGGUUUAUAGCUAUUUGCAACCCACUGCACUAUACUGUCAUCUUAACUACCCCUCGGAUUAUUCGAAUGGGGUUUGCAGCUGUGGUUAGGGGUGUGACGUUGAUGGUACCAUUGCCAAUCCUUCUCAAGAGAUUGCCCUUUUGUAAAGGUGUCAUCCUAUCCCACUGUUACUGUUACCACCCUGAUGUGAUGAAGCUGGCCUGUGGUCCGGUCAGAGUCAACAUGAUUUAUGGGUUGUCCCUUGUCAUUGGCUCCUUUGGAAUUGACUCACUGUUCAUCGUCAUUUCAUACAUCUUGAUCUUGAAAACAGUUCUGGGUAUUGCCUCAAAAGGUGGUCAGCUAAAGGCACUUAAUACCUGUGUUUCCCACAUCUUCACUGUCUUCAUCUUUUAUGUGCCUCUCAUUGUGCUGACUCUAAUUCACAGGUUUGGUAAAUUUUCAUCUCCUCUUCUCCAUGUCACCAUGGCCAAUCUCUUCCUCUUCUUGACUCCUGUCCUUAAUCCCUUGGUUUAUAGCCUCAAAACCAAACAGAUAAGAUUAGCAAUGCAUAAGGUAAUCAAAAGCAGGGGACACUUGCUCAACUAG